UCGAUGAAGAGAGGGCGGAGGGAUGGCAUAGGAAGUGGGGGUCGUGGUGGUCGUGGUGGUAGUUUUUAUGACUGACUCAGGCCUAUAAGUUUCUUUCAGUUGUUGAGUGACCGUUGUGGAGAGGUGACUACUGUUUCUGGUGACUGGACAUGUUACUUGUUUGUUAGUAGCGACAGCAUGGAAUAGCUCACGUGAAGAAUAACUGGAAUUCAGAUACUAAUAAUUACCAGAUGGUGGAUACCAGAACACGAAACAAUAUGAACACAUCUUCUGGGCCUCUGACCAGUGAAAGCGUUUGCACAGUGGUUCACAGUAAUUACAGAGACAGACUUAUGUUAGAAGUAGAUUCUCUCAGCGGCAUUUGGCAGCAUUCUACUCAGAUGUCAGUUGUCUCCGUGAAACAAGAACAAAUGGACAUUGAACAGCGUUCACACAGUCCAAAUAAUGAUUCUGGCAUUUCACCUGGCCAUGGGUCAUCUGGAAGCAGUGCUGGGCGACCAUCUCCUGGACAGAGUGGUUCAUUUGGCUCCCCAGAACAUUUCAAUGCACAAGAAAACCAAACAAUAAAAUCUGAACCUAACACAGAUUUAAAUGCUUCGAGUCAGAUCCCAAGCAAUCAGCAGCCUACAAGCCAAAAUACAGCUCAAGUUUGGGAGAUGAAUCUCUUAGAGAAUUCUCACAGUCAAUGUAUAGUGCCUCCAUCAUUGAAAGCAGCAAGCAAUCUGAACUUCGGAAACAGUGUACUGAAGUCUGCAUCACAGACUUCCAUGCCUGAAUCAGACCAUUCUCAUCAGCAACAAACCAAAGUUCCUUCGUCUGAAAACCACAUAGCUGAAAACCGCACUCUCAAUACAUCACCGCUACAUAGUUUAAGUUCAUUGGUUACUCCUGUGGCAAACAGAAAUCCUGUUGCAAAUCAGAAUAUAGUUUCUCCAAAUCACUGUGCCCAGGGACACAUGUGUGAUUCACCUGUAAGAAUCUCAACACACAACAAUAUGAAGACGCCUCCUAUGCAUGUUACAAAUGCUACUCCAGGACUCAAUCCUGGUUUUUCUGAUGAUAAUAGUCGAUCAUCAUCAACAUCAUCAUCUACCUUGAUGCUAGAUGGGGGAAAUGAGAAUUUCAAGAUGACGCUCCAUGAAGGUGAGCAGAGUCCACUCAGAUGUCUAGAGAUGACUGUGGAGCAGUCUUCUGUCAUGGGUGGCAUGAGAGCUGCAGUUACAUCAGGGCCUGGAGUUGGUAACAACGGAGUGAGAAAUGUAUACCAGUGCCCUCUUUGUGAUUACACUACACUCUCAAGGACUGACUUCAAUGACCACAAUAGAACACACUGCCCUGACCAGAAGUGUAGCAAGUGUGAUUUUGUCACCAAAGACAUAAUAGAGCUUGAAACACACCUUUGUGAAAGUCAUAUGCUCACUCCAGUACUUGCUGAGCAAAUUAUUGAAGCUAAUGAAGAACAGUCUGGUAUUCGAGUGCCACGGGUAAAUUCUCAAGGAAAAAUGAAGACUUUCCGGUGCAAACAAUGUAAUUUUGUUGCUGUGACAAAGAUGGAGUUUUGGAAUCAUUCUCGAUGUCAUAUCAAGAGGGAAAAAAUGCUAAACUGCCCAAGAUGCCCAUUUGUCACAGAGUAUAAGCACCAUUUGGAGUACCACCUACGAAAUCAUGCUAACUCAAAGCCAUUUCAAUGUCCUGAGUGCUCCUACAGCUGUGUCAACAAAUCAAUGCUGAACUCCCACCUCAAGUCUCAUUCAAAUGUGUGCCAGUACCGAUGUGCUACAUGUGACUAUGCUACAAAAUACCUCCAUAGCCUCAAAGUUCACUUACGUAAAUAUGAACACAGCCCUGCUAUGGUUCUCAAUCCAGAUGGUACUCCUAAUCCAGAUCCAAUCAUUGAUGUCUAUGGCACUCGACGUGGUCCAAAGCAACGCCCCAGGAAUAUAGUAAAAUCUAUAUCUAAGGAGAAAAAUAAUGUUCCUUUACCUUCUCAUGCACCCUUACCAUUACCUAUAUUCCAGCCUUCAUACGGAGUUAUUUCUCAGCAAUCUGGAAACCUUUCUGUACCAUAUCCAUAUGGUUGCAUUAUGCCUAAUCCCUUUUCUGCUACCAAUAACAGUAACUCUGUCCUAUCUGAAUUCCCACUAAAUGGUGGCGUAAGCACACAAGGCCAAAGCAAUAGUAUUCCUGAUUCAAGGAGAAAUUCAUCCAAUGAAAACUGUGAUCAUUUCCUUGCAGCCUCAUCACAGUACUACCAUAUGAAUAAUAACACCAAUAAUAAUAACAAUAUUGUCAACAAUUCAAGUGCUUUAAAGGAAACAGACCCUGAUAAAUUAAUCCAGAAACAGAAUUCCAAAGACACAAGCAAAUUAGGUACUGGAGAGCAUGCACUGUCUUUUAAUAAUAAGGCAGUAGAUGGUGAUCCACUAGAUCUUAGUAAACCUGAUGCAAUGGACAUCAGUUCAGAAGCUUCUGUAACCUAUACCACUCCAUCCAUAUUACAUAAAUCAGCAUCAAUGAAAACUUCAAAGCAUCGACGCAAAGGCCAAGCAUAUAAGUUGGAUCAUAUCUCACGGAAACUCCAACAACAGACAAGUCUGUCAGACAUCGAACGAGCCAAUAUAAGUUACUCUCACGUGUCAGAAAGUGAAGAGAACCCUCUGUCUCCUGAGAAAAUAGAUAAUCUUACAAACCCACAUCCUACAAAGCAAGAAAAUAUGCACAACAACCAACAAUCACAGUCAGAGAUGAGGAAAAUGAAUGAGGAAUUUCCAAGGGCUGAAGGACAGAACAGAAGUGCUCAUGAAAAGAAUACCUUAUUAUCUAGCAAACCUGAAAUGUACUCUUGUGAUCACUGUGACAUAAUCUUCAGUGAUGUUAUCUUGUAUAGCAUGCACAAAGGUUACCAUGGGUACCAGGACCCAUUCAAGUGUAAUAUGUGUGGUGUACAAACAGCUAACAAAGUGGAGUUCUUCCUCCAUAUCGCACGCUCCUCUCAUUCUUAAAAGUGUGAAUUAGAGAAAUUACUAUGUCCGUGUAAAUUUAUAUGAUGAUUUCUGACCCUUUUUUUCUAGUCACUUCCUUGAUAGGUUACCAAAUGACGUUAGUCCAACAAUGACUAAAGAUUGACCUAAAUGAUUUGUGAAAGUAUAAUUAGUCUAGUUCAGUGAGCUUUACUUUAACUCCUGGAAAAUGGAAGUGAGUAUUCAUUUUAAGAUAAAAUGUACCCCACCAAAUUUUGUUCAUAUGUAGGAACAUUGUUUAUUCCAAACUAAAUUAGUUAUGUGGCAUAUUUGGGAGAAAUGAGCAGUUCAGUUUAUAGCAAUGAUUCAAUUAAUAUUUUGUCAUUUCAGUGCAAUUUAUUUUAAUUCUUUGUAGCUCAAAGUACAGUGGCCAAGCUGCUGAUUGAGCAAGAUUCAAUUUAUGGCACAGUCAGAAUUUUUUUUUCUUACCUGUUGCACCCACCUAACGUGUACCAAGAGCUCUCUCCUCAGGUUCAGUGUGGCCAUAGUGUGAUACUGACAUCUCACCUGUAUCUAGUGCAGUUUCAGAACAGUGAAACUGCACCUCCAUGGCACAAUGCAUAAUUAGCCGCAAAGCCUUAUCUUCAUAGAAUGUUGCUUAAUUAAACACAAGAAUAGUUCUUCCUUUACCUUAUUUUUUGUUAAUUGUUUUAUGUUCAUACAUUAUCAAAAUAGAGGGGUACUAUAAACGAUUCAUUCAUUUUUAAAACGCUAUAUUUUCCAAAGCAAUACACGUACAAAUAUGAUUUAUAUAUAAAAAGAACCGUAAACUCAACAAGUUCUCUUGACACUCUACAAAUGUUCUGUGUGUGCCCCUUGGCUCACACGACACACGUCGAGGCGGUAGUCGAGCUCGUUCCACAUUUUGUAGCAUCAUCC